AUGCUGUCUCGAUUAGCCCUCGAGCCCACAUUCGGCCCACCUAGCCUCCCGCCAAUUAACAUCAACCUCAAUAUCAACCUUCCUAGACUCCGGGAAGUCUUCACCACUGAGGCCGCUCCUCACCCGGCCACUUCAGUCACUCCCGAGGCCGCCUCUCCCCCGGCCACUUCAGUCACUCCCGAGGCCGCCUCCCCCCGGCCACUUCGGUCUCUCCUGAGGCCGCUUCUCCUCGGGCAGAUUCAGUCUCUUCUGCGGCCGCUUCUCCCCCGGCCACCGCAAUUCCACAGCUCGCUGGCCAUCGCCGCGGCAGUGUGGAACAAUCGCCGGGUCCUCCCAGGAAGCAACGCCGUCCGAACUGGCCCACUGGCGGCAAUCCUGAGGACCGUGACGAUCGCCUGA